UAUUAUUAGUUUACUUUCAUGAGAGCAUAAAUAAUUUUUUUUUUGUUUUGAAAAUCAAUGGAACAAUGAGUGACAGAGAUUGUUUUUCAAAAGUCUUGCCCAACAUAGAAUUGGCAACACGCUUCGAUGCUGAUGGCAAAGAAGUUCAGGUGGAACAACGUGAAGACGAAGAGCAAAAUGCAAAACAACAAGAUAUAUUCGAUAUUCUAGUCGCUGCUGGUUAUUUUCGGGCGAGAAUCAAAGGAUUAUCUGCUUUCGAUAAAAUUGUGGGCGGAAUGACAUGGUGCAUCAGUGCAUGUGAUUAUAAUGUUGAUGUCGAUUUAUUAUUCCACGAAAAUCUCACCAUCGGUCAAAAAAUCACAUUAACGGAGAAAAUCGUUGCUGCUUUACCGAAAAUGAAGUGCCCAUAUUUAAUAGAACCUCAUCAAAUCCAAGGAUUAGAUUUUAUUAAUAUUUUCCCUGUGAUACAGUGGCUUGUCAAGCGUUCGGCUAGCUCAAGCGAUACAUCACCAGCUUUACGGAAUUCUGGGAAUCAAUCACGGCUAUCCUCAUCGAGACCAACAUCCGAACAAAAUUCGAAUGCGAAUCCAAAGUGUGUUUCCGAAGGGAGCGCAUCACCGCUGGGUCACAGCUCAUCCAGCGCUACCACUGCAGCCGAUGUUUGUGCAGAUAAUCAAACCGUCAUUAAUUUGGAUUUGGAUGCAAGCAAAUUAUCAAAUUCGUCAAAUCGUCAGGCCCUGUUGCCUUGGGGUUCCACUUGUAGAUCAUGUAUAGCGGCCACAUCUGGCAUUAUUGAUAUGCAACAGACAAGUGACACAACAUUGCGACCCGGUGAAAUAGUGAUGCGAAUAUUGUUCGCUGAAUUCACUCAACAAGCCGAAAAGAAAAUCGAAUUGGUUAUGUUGGAAUUGUCCGAUAAAAAUUUGGCCAAAUUGCUUCAACGCGGUGAAGAUUUACAAUUUGAUCAAUUAUUAUCGGCAUUCGGUUCAGUUGCCGAACAUUGUUUGCCAUCAUUGUUGGUCACAUUACUGGCAUGGCACAAUCGUCAAUUGUCCGAUGCUGAAAUUAAAAGUGAUUUAAAACGUAUGGAAAAAAUUGCCAACAAACCAAAUGUUGACAUGGAAUUGCAAUUGCAGCGACGUGAAACAGCCGUUGAAUUUAUAUUUUGUUUGGUAUUGAUUGAAAUAUUGCGUCAAUUACCAUUUCAUCCUGGCCACGAGGAUAUUGUUAAAAGUUUUGAAAAUCUAGCAUUCAAACAUUUUAAAUAUCGUGAUGGUUUACAAAAUAAUCCAAAUGCACACAAUAUCCAUAUGAUUGCCGAUCUCAAUGCAGAAGUGAUUGCCGUAUUGGCACAAAGUCGAUUUGGUUCAGUGCGAAAACGUUUUAUGGCCGAAUUAAAAGAAUUAAGGACGAAAGAGCCAAGUCCACAUACAACACAAAGUAUCAUCAGUUUAUUGAUGGGCAUGAAAUUUUUUCGCGUUAAAAUGGUGCCCAUCGAAGAGUUUGAAGCAUCAUUUCAAUUUAUGCACGAAUGUGCACAAUAUUUUCUUGAAGUAAAAGACAAAGAUAUCAAACAUGCAUUGGCCGGUUUGUUUGUGGAAAUUUUGGUUCCGGUUGCGGCUGCUGUUAAAAAUGAAGUGAAUGUACCGUGCGUGAAAAAUUUUGUCGAUUUACUAUAUUCACAAACAUUGGACGCUUGCACAAAGUCCAAACACAAAUUGGCCUUAUUUCCAUUGGUCACAUGUCUACUGUGUGUCUCACAGAAAACAUUCUUUUUAAGCAAUUGGCAUUGUUUUCUUGCCAUGUGCCUGAGCAAUUUGAAAAAUCGUGACCAAAAAAUGAGUCGAGUCGCUUUAGAAUCAUUGUAUCGUUUACUUUGGGUCUAUAUGAUUCGCAUUAAAUGUGAAUCGAAUUCGGCAACACAUUCGCGUUUACAGAGCAUUGUGAACUCUCUAUUUCCAAGGGGCUCCAAAUCAGUUGUACCACGUGAUACACCGCUCAAUAUAUUUGUGAAAAUUAUCCAAUUCAUUGCUCAGGAGCGACUUGAUUUUGCAAUGAAAGAGAUUGUCUUUGAAUUACUUUGGGUUGGACGGCCGAUCAAGAUAAUUAUGACACCCGAACGCAUGAGCAUUGGAUUGCGAGCAUUUUUAGUGGUUGCUGAUUCGUUACAACAAAAAGACGGUGAACCACCAAUGCCACGUACAGUUGGUGUUUUACCAUCGGGAAAUACAUUAAAAGUGAAAAAAACAUACAUUAAUAAAAUGUUAACCGAUGAUACGGCCAGAAGUAUUGGAAUGUCCAGUUAUUUUCCACAUGUUCGUCGUGUAUUUGUUGAAAUUUUACGUGCACUUGAUGUGCAUUAUGGUCGCCCGUUAAUGUUGACAAGUACACAGAAUUUAAAUAAAGAACCUGUUGAAAUGUUGACCGGUGAACGUAAGCCACGCAUUGAUUUGUUUCGUACAUGUGUGGCAGCUGUGCCACGUUUAAUUCCCGAUACAAUGACAAUGCAAGAAUUGGUUGAUAUGUUGGCCCGUUUAACAGUUCACAUGGACGAAGAAUUGCGAACAUUGGCACAUCAAUCAUUACAAACGCUUGUGGUUGAUUUUCCCGAUUGGCGACAAGACGUUAUACAUGGCUACACACAAUUCAUUGUUCGUGAUGUUUUAGAUACGUAUCCACAAUUGGUUGACAAUUGUACACGUUUAUUGUUGAUUUUCAUCAAUAUAUGGCGCAGUGCAUUGGGCAACUAUAGUACUGGUUCGUUGCUUAAACCAACAACAACAGCCACCACCUGUACAGCCACAACGACUAUAUCACAAGCAACCGUAUCAUCGGUCCAACCAACAUCAACAAUUAACUCAAACUCAAGCGGUGCGUCUAGCUUAAAUUCGAGCGGAGUGUCAAGCAUCACACAAACAACGGCAAUCAAUGCAUCUGAAUCAUCAUCGAAGAAAAACGAUCAACCUCUCACAACUACCAUGCAUUAUGUCGAAGGUUUUGCAUUGGUUAUGCUGUGCAAUUGUCGAUCAUUGCCACGAAAAUUGGCUGUGAAUAUUUUAAAAGAAGUUAAAAAUCUAUAUCGUGCCUUGGGCCUACCGGAAACUGAACAAUUUCUCAUUGAUGUCAUCGAUAAAUGUUGCCCAGCGGUGCUUGACAAAUGUUUGCCCAUCUUACCGCAAGUUGACCGCAUGGCCAUACUCAAUGCAAACGUUAUCGAUUUGCAAUGGAUCGCAGAUCGUACAGGUGGUCAUUGGAUUUCUGGACAUUUUGAGGAUUCAACAAAAUCGUCAACAAGCACAUUGAAUCUGAAUCAAACAUCAUCCACAUCAGUUGGUGAUCCAUGGGCAAUUUGUUUAUUUGGUUUCAUGGAACGUGAGCGUGUACUACAGCAAUGUCCAGCCGUUGUGGCUCAAGCAUGGCCUAUUUGUUAUCAACGCGUCACAACACUAUUCAAUGUCAUCGAUCCAACGCCGGUGAAUGAUAAUCGUGCGUCGUUAUUACGGAGUUCAGCACCACCAAAAAAGACGCCAUCAGAAAGUCAACGUGAUUCAUUGUCACGUCUAUGGAAGAACCAAGUGAUAAUGGCAAUGCGUCUUGUGCCACCAAUACCAAGCAUAGCCGUUCGUUGUGCAUCGCCCGAUCUUAGCUUAAGUAUGCAUGAACAAUCGGACUCUCGUUCGCUUUCCGAUUCCUUGGAUAAUAUACCAUCGAAUGUUUUUGGACCGGAAGGGCUUGUGACGAGAUUCACAUUACCGCUUUCUUACGGCCGUAAAGAAGCUAGACAAAAACGCGUUGGCUCGUCGCCAGACUCAUUAAAUGCAGAUCGAAGUGAUAAAUCAAAUGCAAUUUCACCAUCACCUGUUGCUUUAUAUAAAUUAGUUGUACCAUUAUUGCGUUGCGAAGUGGUCGAUGUUCGUGAUGCGGCUGUAAAUGCACUUGGAAUGAUAAACCAUGAUGCGCUAAAAGAUUUAAUGGAUGAGCUUGUGAUUUACAUACGAGAAGCGGUCGAUCGAAAGCAAGAAAAUAUGCGACGAAGACGACGUCGUGAUGCAUUACGUUUGCAAUUGGUUAAGGUAUUGGAGAAAAUCGCUGAAAAUCAAACGUUUGCCGUGAGUCCUUGCGUAAUUGAACGUGAUUCGAUGUCAUUGCAUCCAACAUUUGUCGAGUAUAUGGACGGUGCUCGGCUCUAUCUUGAAAUGGAAACAGACAAAGAUAACUCCAGUAUACGCGAAGUGAAAAUUCAUUUUUGUGAUUUCAUUCGAAAAAUGAUUAAGAACUUUUCAUUAGAAAGUCGCACAACAUUAUUGUCGAAUGAUUUGAAGCGGCAUUUAUUUAAUUUGUUUGCAUCAUGGAGUGGACCGACAGCAAAACCACUUGGUUUUUCACAUGGUGGCAUUAGUGGAAGCAAUAGCAAUGGAGCAACGAGCACAGCAGGUGCUAAUAGUGGUAAUAACAGUCUUGGGGCUAGUGGAACCAUUGCAAGUGGAACGAACACAAGCUUGGGCAGCAUUGCUAUUGAAGAGGAGAAAUUGCAAUUUAGUGCGCUUCAAGCGAUGAGUGUAUUAUUGUGCUGUGGUCCCUGUUUUGAUCCACAAUAUUUAACAGAAGAUGGUCUCAUUUAUCCUUGGAUCGAUUCCCUAUUGAUUUCGAUGGACGAAAAGGUGUAUGAUUUAGCCAGAGAUAUUGUGGUUCUAUUACUUGAAUCGAAUCCAGAUAGCGGCCAUUUAUUGGAAUGGGUUAUCGAUAGAUGUUACACAGCGCAGCCACGAGAAGCCGACAUAUGCUUUUUGUCAUUAGCAACAGUUUUUAGUGCAAGAGAAUAUCCAUGUGAUCACUAUACAUCUGUGAUAAAUAUAACUCUAUUGAUGACCGGUUGUCCACGUGUUGAUGUUCAUACAACAGCUGUACAAUUGCUUCAAGUGUUGGAUAAACGAUUUUUCGGCAAUGUGGGUCCGCUACAAAGUGAAGGCGAAAAGGAUGACGAUAAGAUCGGAACACUCGAUGCAAUCCUCAGCACAGCUUAUUGUCGAACACAAAUGUAUUUGUCCAAGCAAAUGGCUCAACUUCGGCCAGAAAUAACGAUGCCAAUAUUUUCAGAAAUAACUCAUCGUUUUCAAACGGCACGUCCAGAAAUUCGAUCACUUUUAUUGCAAUGUUUGCUGCCAUGGCUCGAAAAUAUGGAAUUGGUGGCUGCGAAUGUAACACCAGCCACACCUUUAUCAUACAUUAUGUUUUAUCCGGAUUCAAAUUCACGCUCCAAACGAGAUGGUUCCGGGUCUACUGAAGCCACCGAAAUGAUAUUGAACAAUUUGUUCUAUAUUACAACAAAGUAUUCGUACUCGCAUACACGAGAAAUCGAAGAAAUAUGGGGAAAUCUUUGUCAAUUUUGGCCAAAUAAUUUAAAAGUUAUUCUACGAUAUUUGGUGAUCAUUUCUGGGAUGGCACCAAAUGAAUUGCUACCAUUCGCAAAACGUGUGGCUUUGUAUCUGGCACGAGCAUGUCCCAAUCGAUUAUUAGAUGAACUUAUGACCGAACUUCAAACCGUUGAAACACUCAAUUGUCUAAUUGAACGAACCGAAACGCCACCAUUUUAUCGAUUGACCAGCAUGCGAAAGGCAUCAAGCCAUUCCGAUGGACCAACGACCGGUGCAAAUGAUUCACGCAUGCCAGAUUUGGCUGUUGAAAAAGGAACGAUUCAUACGAAGAGGCACAGUGGAGAGGAUCCAAUCAAAACUGGAACUUGCAAAUCGGAUAGUGGUUUACGUGCAUUUUCAACAAAUUAUCGACCACCGCGUGGAAGUGAUAAGAUUCGUGCUUUGUCUGGCCCAUCAAUUUUGCCGAGACCAGAAGAUAUGAUCAGUAAUGAACCAGAACUUCGGGCCGAAGAAUCGUUUGAUUUACGCAACACUGAUCCACCAGUCGUACCCCAUCCGCUGCCAAUGCCUGAAUAUGGCGGUUAUUUUGCACAACUUACCGAAUUUUUACCUGAUAUAAGCUUGCCAAUAAGCGGUUUCCAUAGAUGUAAUGUGGCUGUAAUGCUUUUGACUGAUAUUAUUAUUGAUGGUAUCCCCGAAAUCGAUUGGACACUUCAUAUACCGAUUAUGUUGCAUAUUCUAUUUUUGGGAUUGGAUCACACUCGACCAAUUGUACGUGAUCAUUGCAAGCAAUUACUUUUAAAUUUAUUGGUUGUUUUAGCCGAACACAAUGAUCAUUUGAAUGUGGCAAAGAUAUUGUUGAAUGCGCAAACAUCGAAAAUGGGCUUAGGUUUGCCAAUUCCAACAUUGUCAGUAUCACAUCAUAAUUUCACUGAACCAGAUGCCGAAUACGAUGCAUAUUUGUAUAGCACAAAUUCGAAUGCUAUAGCACAUUCAACAUCGAAUUCAAUAACGCCAACCUCCACGGUAACAACGAUCGUUCAAAAGGAAAAUCACAAUGCGUCGCCAAAUGCUGGCACAACAACAAAUGAUUCGAAUACGGACACACCAACUGUGCAUUAUACACCAGAAGAGACAAUAACAAAUACAACAGUGCAUUCACCGCAAGUGAUUAAAGAUCUCAUCAAUUUUUUGUCACAAGAAAUUUCGCAACCAUUGUGGAACUACGAAGAUAUAACGGCCAAAGUGUGGACCGUAAAAUCGGCCGAACAGUUGACAUGCUUUUUACAUCACAUUGUUAAAGUUUAUUCAGAUAGUUAUUCACAAGCAAGAAUAUCAGAACGUUGGGCACAAACAGCCCUUCAAUUGGGCUUGAGCUGUUCAUCGCGUCAUUAUGCCGGACGAAGUUUGCAAGUGUUUCGCGCAUUGAAUGUUCCUAUAAAUUCACGAAUGUUGUCCGAUAUUUUAUCACGUUUGGUUGAAACCGUGGCGGAACAAGGUGAAGAUAUGCAAGGCUAUGUGACCGAAUUACUUUUAACACUUGAAGCGGCUGUUGAUAGUUUAGAUUCGGACUUCCGUCCGUUGGAUGUAAUGAAGGACAUUUUUAAAAGUACACCAAAUUUAAAUAAUAAAGACGGCGUAAAUGUUACGGCUGGUGGAAAAAAGUCACCGUCGGGCAUCAUACAACAAACUCAAAACCACAUUAACUCAUCCGGUCACACAAGGAGUACCAGUUAUUCAGUGUCAUACUGUACACGCAAAGUGUCCAGUUCACCAUGUGACAAACAAGUUGAGUUGAGAAAUCGUGCAGCCGCUCUGGAGCUUGAGAGAAGCUCGGCAGCAAAGUUUGGUUCAUCGUUAUCUCGUUCACGUAGUGCGCAAAGUUUGAAAUUGCUCGGUGACACGGCAACACAGGAUGAUAAAAUGACGAUAUUGGCGCAAUUAUUUUGGUUGGCGGUGUCGUUGCUGGAAAGUGAUUAUGAGCAUGAAUUUUUGUUAGCGUUACGUUUAUUAUCUAGAGUAUUACAUCGACUACCAUUGGAUCGGCCAGAUGCACGUGACAAAGUGGAAAAAUUACAACAACAAUUAAAAUGGACUGGUUAUCCCGGUGUUCAUGCACUUUUACUGAAAGGUUGUACACACUCUGUAACAUACGAACAAACAAUUUCGUUGUUAUCACAAAUGCCACCGUUGCUUUGUUUGCCCGUAUGCGAUCCAACGCAAAGCUGUGCAUUUCCAAUGAAUGUUAUUGCUCUAUUACCAUACAUGCUUUUACACUAUGAGGAUGCCAAUGAAGUGUGUGUCCGCAGUGCUGAAAAUAUUGCACAAGUAUCAUCGGAACUUGGCGCUAAACUAGAGAAUUUAGGCACCGUUAUGACACUGUACAGCCGAAAAACGUUUAGCAAAGAAUCAUUUCAAUGGACAAAAUGCGUUGUCAAAUAUCUAUACGAUACAUACGCUCACAUGGGUCUUCAUAUGUUGGCGUUUUUGGUAGAAGUUCUCGAAAAGGGCAUGCAACAAGUACAAGUGCCUGUUUUAAACAUUAUACAUUGUAUGUUGCAUUACAUCGAUUUAUCAUCGUCACAUGCGCAACCAAUUUCAUCCGAUUUGAUUCGAGUGAUUGCAAAAUAUCUGGAUAACUCAUACUGGAAAGAUGCCUUAAAAAUUUUGAAAUUGGUCGUAACAAGAAGUUCAACAUUGCAAGUGGUGCCACAAGGUUCACCGGGAACAUCACAUCUUUAUUAUGGAAGUUUCAGUGAUUCUGAAGUGUUUUGCAAGAAGGAACUGGCUGGUCGUACGAUGGACUUUACAUUUGAUGUUGCUCAAACUCCAUUAAUUGGACGACGCAUUCUCUUGAAAUCGGAAACUGGUUCAACGCAAAAUAUAAACCGUAAUAAUAGCCAAGCGGUCGAUUUGAAUCACAAUAUAGGUGGAACGCCAAAUUCGCCAAGACGAAGUGCAAGCUUAUCACCAGCCGACACAGCACCAUUGAGCGGAUGGAAACGACCAUGGUUAUCACAGUCCCGUGUUCGAGAAUGUCUUGUUAAUUUAUUGACGACAUGCGGACAACGGGCUGUCGGUUUACCCAAGAGUCCAUCGGAUGAUUUCAUAAGCUCGGUUUGUUCCAAUUCAAAGGUUAUAUUUAGCCAAUCGUCCGAUUUGAUGGAACGACAGUCGUCAGCCGCUUCAAGUACCGAAGAGACAAGUGGUGCACAACAAGAUUUAAGUGGUGGCUCACGUCGAGAUGAUGGUCAACCCGAUUUUGGUGUUUUCAAAGACUUUGACUUUUUGGAAUAUGAAAGUGAGAGCAUUGAAGGUGAAUCAACCGAUAAUUUCAAUUGGGGUGUUCGUCGUCGACCGCUGUCCGACGGUGACAGUGAACCAAUAACCGGUUCCAAAGGACAUUCCGUUAUGGAAGAGAGCUUAAGCGAAAAAACACCAAUUCUUAAUAAACGACGGACUCGACACAAUCCAGAAGAUUCGUCCGAUGACGAUGUGGAAUCUGAAUCUCCUCUCGAUGAAUAUCAGAAAGCGAUUUUCAUCAAGUCUCAAUAUCAUAGUGGUCCACCGACUUCACUCAGCAUACGCGAACGUCGACAAAGACGUGAUUCAGUCUCACGAAGUGAUACAAGUGGUUCAAGUGCCGGUGAUCUAGGUGAAAUAACGCCAUGCAACGCAUCACCACACAUGACAGGUAUGAUAUCCUACCGAGUGCCGAUACGAGAUGAAGCCGAGGACCAAUGGCGCCGAAAUAUUGAAGCUUUGCUGUUCAAUCCAGCCGCAAAUUAUGCACCCGAUUUACUUAUGCAAUUGUAUCGUGUUGUUAAGGAAUUAACGCAGAAAUCAAUAACUAUAGCAAAAAAUGCAUUGAAAUAUUUCACGGGAACCGGUACGCAACUUGGCCAACGAAUAUCUAUUCUCUCCGAUUUACUAUCAACAAAAGAGGAACCGCCACGCAUUUGGUACAAUCAAAGUUUUGCAACCACACCACGUCUGUCGGAAUCAUUACGAUAUAGUGUGCUCGAGGUUCAAGAACAUCUUGAAACCUUUUUUGAUCGCAAAGAUAUGGUUAUGGAGUGUUUGGAAGCUAUAAAAACAACACAAAAAUUAACACUGUUCAGUGACACAGAGUCAGCUCACGAAGGCUCAUCAAAUACUGCGCUUGGUUCGCCCGACCCAGCCGCAUCGGAACUGCUGAUUGAAUUGGGUCGUGGCAUUUAUAAGUUAAUUUUUCAAUUGAUGCUGUUAAUUGAAUCUGAUCAUAAGAUUGCGAUCAGUGUGAUGACAACUAUGCGACAAAAUGUUAAAAUGGAAGAUUUAUCCAGUGCAUAUGUAACGGUGCGUGGUGCAUUGUUACGUUGUAUCGAUGAUGCCGAUAUGGAUUCAUUGGACACAUCCACAUCAACAGAGGGUGAACACACACCCACCCGACCAUUGUCAUCAAUACAAGAGUUCGAAAGUUGUUUGAACGAAAUGAUUGAAAAACAAAAAUGGAAUUCGGCCAUUGCCUUGACACGACAAUUCCGAAAAUAUUCAUCAACCGUUACAUUGUCACCGGUUUCGAAUUUUGCAUUGCAACCAUCGGGAAGUUCAACAUCUUGUAUUUCAACAUCGACAUUAACAUCAAGUCUUGUUCCACAUUCUUCUGAAAACAAUUGGGUAUUGGACGAUAGUUCACUGAUUCUGAUGAUUUAUGCCCAACGACUGACCAAAGAUCGAAGCGAUGCUUUCAUCUCGUCACGAUCAGAACAGGAAUUAACCGAAAUUUACAAUAUAUUGAUGGAGAAUUUAUACUACGUUUCAUCGGCAUUAACAAACAUGGAAAUGGUGUUAAAGAAUACAGUUGGAAAUCCAGGUAUUCUUAAGCAGCCGCCAUCAUCACCUGCUGAAUUGCCACCGAUUAUACCGUCUCCAUCAAAAGAUGCAUCAGUUGAUAUUAUAACCACACUGUAAAUUGUACACUGUACAUAGUAAAAUCAAUAUUUUUCCAAUCAAUUAAUGGAUCAAAUGACCAUUUAAAUAUUACUUAUUCUCGCAUACAAACGAUCUGUUGAACGAUGGCUCUAUUUAAGCCAAUAUUAGUGAAAAAGUAUCCUUAAUUUCAAUUAUGUUUAUUUUUUGAAUUAAUGUUUACUUCAUUUUCUUUUCUUGAUAUUAUCAAAUAGUAAUUAUUUAUAUCAUAGCAUUUAAAUUG